CUCAGAUCCUACAUUCCAUGCACGCGUAUCUUGAAUAACCCCCAGAUAUGCUAUAACUACCUAACCUAAUCAACAUCUUAACCGCGUACUCAAUGGGCAAAGGCCUAAUGAUGCAACUGUAACAUCGUCAUGUUUCCAGGACCGGUUACGGUACUUGGUGAACCUCGUCCCUAGUUCACUUCGAAAUUCAUACCUAUUGUUAGCAAUCUUACAAAGACUUAACUACGCUUAACCUGUCUUGAAUCUUUAAUAGUUACCACAAAUUGGAAGCUAAUUCAAGAUAACCUUCCUUUGUCUUGGUAACGUUUAUUCGUUCCGGUGGCAUCUUCCCACUCGAUGAAUUACCGAGGGUCACGAAACCGUAGACCUUCAAAUCAUCUAAUGAUCAACGAUCACAAUACUUUUACAGUUAACAAAGAAAUAACGAAUGGAUCUCACUAUUAAUAUCGAAGAUUUAACACCCUAACAAGAACUCUAGCAAGAGUUAAACAUAUACGUGGUGAUUCUUUGGAAAUACCCCCCCUGGUUUGAUGAAUACCAACGUCAACAUCAUCUACAUAAGAGUCAGCUUCAGGACCGACUAAAACGAUGGCGGCGGCGAGCAAGACCUUCCGCUUCCUCGACCUCCCACCUGAGUUGAGAGAUGCUAUUCUCUCUCACCUCCUCGUUUCAGACUUCCCCAUUAUACUUCAUAACACAACUCUCUUCGCCCCAUCGGCAUCGGUCUCUGGUUCCGCAUAUUUCCUAGACGUAUUCCUCGUCAAUAUGCAGAUGUACCAAGAAGCAUCUGCCAUCUUCUACUCUCAAAACCGCUUCACUUUGAACGCGCAGAGUCACCGGCUACCCGUACAUCUCACCAGUCGGGGAGGAUUUCUCAGCGAAGAGGGACAGGAUGCCCGGAGACGGGUGCGCAGCUUGACCCUUCACCUUACAAGGGUAGGUGGAGAGUUUGAGCGUGUCUUAGGGCCCGCUCUCUCUGAUAUGGUUCUUAGUGGAAGCUUGCGAGAGCUCAGAUUACGUAUGGGACCACCAAGUUGGCGUGGUCCAAAUAGAAUGCCUGACCCCGAUAUGGUACAACGGCCCCCUUUCCAAGCAUUGCUGAGGCUUCUAGCCGACCCUUAUUUGGAAAAAGUCGAGUUAUUGGCCUGGAAGGUUCAUCUCACCGUCUUCUGCCCGUUUCACCGGAAGACAAGUUCAUCGAUCAAGACAGAUAUCAGAAUGGAUAUUAAAUCAGAUGCUGAAUCGAUCGAUGACCAAGGUCUAGCCAUUCUGAGGAACGGCCCUGAUUGGGUUUCACUAAAUUGGAGAGCUAUGGCCGAGAUGUAUGGUGUCGGUCAGAAGAUCGUGAGAGUUGGUGAACGAACCUAUUGAGAUGGCCUCGACUAUGCGGGGCGAGCAAUUUGAAACAUCCGUGGGACAGAUGCUUUACUACUGCUUGGCUUAAAUAAAUCGGAAUAUUUCCGCCCAACAGACGCUAGG